CUUGGUCCAUUCUUGUUUCGCUUUGGAUCUCCGAAGCCUGCUCCCCAAAGACGCUCCGAGCGGGUGCCCUCCCGCCCACCCACCCCCACCCCCCAUGUCUCCGAUUGCUCGCUGACACUCGGUUGCUGGACUUUUUUUUUUUUUUUUCUUCUGCUUGAGUCUUGCGGAGGAGACGGGGGCAGCUUGGCUGAGGGACUUGCCGGGGGUGACGACCCCGGGCUGUAGCCGUGGUCACUCCGCGCCUAGAGCGCAAUCCAGGAACCGGCGACGCGGUACACCCCAUUGGGGGUCUCGGGGCGGGAGCCCAGGACUCGUAGCGCUGCUCACUCCCUCGUCCAUGAACUGCAUGAAAGGCCCGCUGCACUCGGAGCACCGUGCAGUCGGGACCAAGCUGUUGGCCUCCUCCUCGUCCUCCUCCUGUCACCAUCCCCAGCCUCUAGCCAUGGCUUCGGUCCUGGCCCCGGGUCAGCCCCGCUCCCUGGAUUCCUCCAAGCACAGGCUAGAGGUGCACACCAUCUCCGACACCUCCAGCCCAGAGGCCACAGAGAAAGAUAAGAGCCAGCCGGGAAAGAAUGAGGACGUGGGCGCCGAGGACCCCUCCAAGAAGAAACGCCAACGGCGACAGAGGACUCACUUUACCAGCCAGCAGCUGCAGGAGCUAGAAGCCACCUUUCAAAGGAACCGCUACCCCGACAUGUCCACGCGCGAAGAAAUCGCAGUGUGGACUAAUCUCACGGAAGCCCGAGUCCGGGUUUGGUUUAAGAAUCGCCGGGCUAAGUGGAGAAAGCGAGAGCGCAACCAGCAGGCCGAGCUGUGCAAGAAUGGCUUCGGGCCCCAAUUCAACGGGCUCAUGCAGCCCUACGACGACAUGUACCCCGGCUACUCGUACAACAACUGGGCUGCCAAGGGCCUCACGUCCGCCUCUCUGUCCACCAAGAGCUUCCCCUUCUUCAACUCUAUGAACGUCAACCCCCUGUCGUCGCAGAGUAUGUUCUCCCCGCCCAAUUCCAUCUCGUCUAUGAGUAUGUCGUCCAGCAUGGUGCCCUCGGCGGUGACGGGGGUCCCGGGCUCCAGUCUCAAUAGCCUGAAUAACUUGAACAACCUGAGCAGCCCGUCGCUGAAUUCCGCCGUGCCGACACCCGCCUGUCCUUACGCGCCGCCAACUCCACCGUACGUUUAUAGGGACACGUGUAACUCGAGCCUGGCCAGCCUGAGACUGAAAGCCAAGCAGCAUUCGAGCUUUGGCUAUGCCAGCGUGCAGAACCCGGCGUCCAACCUGAGCGCUUGCCAGUACGCUGUGGACCGGCCGGUGUGAGCCUGAGCCGCGCGCCUGCGCGCUGAGCCGGGAGCCUAGGACUGUGCCGGGGGCAGCUCCGCCCUUGAAAAGACUUGGGACUACGCUACAAGGUCGUGCGCACUAAAGAAAGGCAGAGGGAAAGAGGAUAGAGGGAGGGGGAAGGAAACCACUGAUUUCAAGAGAGAGGGGGAGAGUUCCUUUGAUUUCAAAGGAAUGGCCUCAGUGUCUAACAUCUUUCACUCAAAAGUAUUUUCUUUCCAACAGUUGCAAGGACAUGUUACAGCAACAAAAUGUUUGACUGGAUAUGACAUUUUAACAUUACUAUAAGCUUGUUAUUUUUUAAGUUUAGCCUUGUUAACAUUAAAAUGACUGAAAGGAUGUAUAUAUAUAUGGAAAUGUCAAAUUAAUUUUAUAAAAGCAGUUGUUAGUAAUAUCACAACAGUGUUUUUAAAGGUUAGGCUUUAAAAUAAAGCAUGUUAUACAGAAACGAUUAGGUUUUUUUCGCUUGCGAGCAAGGGAAUGUAUAUACUAAAUGCCACACUGUAUGUUUCUAACCUAUUAUUAUUAUAAAAAUGUGUGAAUAUCAGUUUUAGAAUAGUUUCUCUGGUGGAUGCAAUGAUGUUUCUGAAACUGCUAUGUACAACCUACCCUGUGUAUAACAUUUCGUACAAUAUUAUUGUUUUACUUUUCAGCAAAUAUGAAAAAAUGUGUUUAUUUCAUGGGAGUAAAAUAUACUGCAUACAAA